AUGCUUUUCUUCUUAUUUCGGAACUCUUUAUCAGAAUGGUGGCAGUAUAAUGCAGCUGAAUAUCAACUGUACGAAAACAAUAGCUUCAGACAUCCUAUUUUUGCAGUCUGUACUUCAACAAGAUGUCCACAUUGUAAAGGUCUUCCAGAAGCUUUACAUGCCUAUUCAGAUAUGGUUGGUAAUAACACAAAAGUUGUUUUCACAAACAUUAACUGUGCCGAAACUAGUUUUUGUCCAAGAGUUCCGGUGCGUGGAGUUCCAGCCUUUGUUUUAAUCAGAGGUCCUGAUCCAAAAUAUUGGGUUCAAACAUAUGAAAGGAACUUUUUAGGAUGGGGCAGGUUUUUAGAGCAAACAGUCAAAGCUCAUGCAGUAGAAUUAACAAAUCCAGCAGAUCUUUCACGCGAAAUUACGAAAACAUUUAGAGGGUCUACUACAUUCUUCUUAUCAGUACCAGAAAACGAUGCAGCUACUCUCAAAGCAUAUAAAAGAACUGUUCCUGAUUAUCAUCCAAUGGGAUGUACAUUUUUAUAUAAAAAGGAAGGCACUGUUGCUAAAAUCACAGCUUACAGAUCUCCAAACUGCUUUAUUUCUAAGGAAAUCACUGCAGAUGAAAUUCCCGAUUUUGUCGAAGCCAAUAAAUACUCAUCCUACCAUCAUUUCACGAGACACGAGCUUACCAUGGCUAUUUCUAAGAAUAUUUCCGUUUUUGUUACAGUGGGCCAAGAUAACCUUAAUCAAGAGCAACAUUCAGCUCUCGACCAAUUAUCCACAAAGCACUGCGGAAAGAUGGAAUUUGGAUGGGCAGAAAAAGAAUCUGACAACGAUGUAAUUCAUUUCUCAAAAAUGUCGGGAGAUGAUGUUCCUUACUACUUCUCAAUGAACCCUCGUGAGAAGUGUUAUCACAUACAGAAAGGAUUCCCUUCGGAACCAACACUCAGCCAAUUUAUGCAAAAUACAUUUGAAGCGAAACAAUGUAAGAAGCUGCCUGUGGUUCGCUCUGGAUAUAAAAUAGCAAUAACAAAGACUGCAGUGAUUGCUGCUGGCAUAAUUGUCGGAAUUUUAUGUAUUAGCUACUUUAUAUGGGAAAUUUCAAGAGAUAGUCCUCUGAAAUUAGAGUAA